GUGGCAGUCGUCUCAAUCGAUAGUUAGUUCAUCCUCGCUUUCACGCCUAACGGAACAAUCAUCGAUUCGCCAGUCUCACUCGAUCAGCGAAUCAAUGUCCACACUUGAGAAUCUCGUUGAUAUCCCUAGCACCCCACAAUUUCAAGAGUUGCUCUCAAAGGAUCUCAAACGUAUAUCACUAAUCUACUUCUGGACGUCCUGGGCUGAACCAUGUAUACAAAUGAACCAAGUUGUGGAAGGGUUAGCAAAGGCAUAUCCAAAACUACUCGCACUUAGGGUGGAGGCCGAAGAGCAGGCGGAUAUAUCAGACUCCUUCGACAUCAACUCCGUUCCGACGUGCUUGGUCAUUCAGGGCCAUGCUUUGCUUGCCCGGAUUGAAGGCGGAGAUGCGGCCCAGCUUAAGGAAACGAUCACAAAGCACUUGGAAAGCAACACCUCUUCAACGACCUCUCAUCCUCCUUCCCCUCCGUCUUCUGAGACAGAAGAACGAUUAGAGGCUCGUAUGCGCGAUAUCAUGCAUCAAAGCGCGGUGGUAUUGUUCAUGAAAGGGGAGCCAAAUGCGCCUCGGUGUGGCUUUUCUAGGAGUGCUGUAGCGUUGUUGAGGGAGAAAGAUGUUGAAUUCACCCACUUUGACAUUCUCAGCGACGAGAAUGUGCGGCAAGGUCUCAAGAAACUGAACGAUUGGCCCACCUUCCCACAAUUCAUAGUAAAAGGGGAAUUUGUGGGAGGAUUGGAUGUAGUGAAGGAGAUGAAGGACUCGGGGGAGUUCGAAGAGGUUUUCUCUACUUGAUCAUGUGGCUGGUAUGUACUAUUGAUAAAACUUUAACCCUUGAGCAGAUGCUUCUCAAUACCGUGUUGCUGUCAUGCGAUAGAAAUGGCAUUAAUUUGAUUUGAAGAGAGUUUGAACUUUGCAAACCAUGCGCAUACAUCGAAUUCGAAUCAACAAGCACGUCAGACAUCUGCCAAGAGAAGGUCGCUUAUCCGGUGAACAGUUCGGUAAACGAUCCCUGCGCGUCGGAGACUACGAACACAAGUCAUCAUGAACAGCGCCUCCCGCACAUUGCCGGCCAUUGCGCUUAAUCACCUCAUUCUAACCAAUGUGCUUAUGCCUUGCCUGAAAUAUUUUUGUUCCUGAA